CAUCCGCUUAUGCAUUUGUCAUUCACUUGUCUUAAAACUGCGGUAUUACGGGAAUCUGAUACCGUUUGCUACGGCGAAUGGUAUUUUCGCGCCAUUUUUCUCUAGUUCUUGAUAAGUAAGAAAUAGCUAUCGUUGCCCUUGGCAUUUGUUUCGUUGUGGUAGUGUGCGUGUGGGUCUCGGUGGUCUCGGUUCGGCAAGUCCAAAAUGUGGGCAGAGGCCUCCGGAUGGUUGGGGUAGUUCCUGCCUGACUGGCGACCGCGUUAUUUUGUCAUGGAAACGUACAGUCUGCUGUGAGAUCGACUUGUGAGCACUGUGCGCUGUAUUCAUUAGUGAUGCGGACUCUACAUAUCGUCGAGUGUGUGUUGCUGCAUUGAUCGCGCUAUGUGAAGAAGAAAAAAAAAAAAAAAAAGGAUGGAGAUAGCUCUGCGGUCAAAGAGCACGAUCAUGUUUAAAGCCCAGGUGUGGUGAAGCGUCGGCAUGGAUGAGGCGUUCCUGACGGACCUGCUCGAGUGCUCUGUCUGUCUUGAGCAGCUAGACAGCACAAGCAAGGUACUUCCUUGCCAGCACACCUUCUGCAGGCGCUGCCUGGAUGAGAUCGUUCACUCGCACAAGGAACUUCGUUGUCCGGAAUGCCGGAUACUGGUGGAGUGCUCAGUGGAUGAGCUCCCGCUCAACAUCCUUCUGGUCCGUCUUCUGGAGGGCAUCAAGAACAACCCCCGACUUGGUGGCGGCAGCAGCAGUGGCGGUAGCCGGUCCCCUUCGGGCGCCCUCCUGGGCAGUUCCUCCCUCAUUGGCCAUGUGAGGCCCCUGCUGGCCAGCCAGCCCUUGUCAGCUGGUCCUCGGGGGGACACCACCUCAGGUCGUGGCGAUGGGGUGCGCACUCUUGUCAAGCAACUGGUGCCGCAAAUGCCCUGUGCCAAAGCCCUCUACUCCUAUGAUGCCAAGGACCCAGGGGACUUGGCAUUCCGCAAGGGGGACAUAAUAGUUCUGCGCAAGCGAGUGGACCAGAACUGGUUCCACGGGGAGCUAGGCGGCAAACAAGGCUUUGUGCCAGCCAGCUAUGUCCAAGUGGUGGUGCCCCUGCCAUCUCAUAUCCCUCAGUGCAAAGCCCUCUACGACUUCCGCAUGGGUGACAACGACGAGAAGGAUUGCCUGACAUUCCUCAAGGGUGAUGUGAUUACGGUGAUUCGGAGGGUGGACGAAAAUUGGGCUGAAGGAAAGCUGGGGGACCGAAUUGGUAUCUUCCCAAUAUCGUUUGUUGAGAUGAAUGCCGCUGGAAAGGCACUAAUGAAACUGUCUAACAAUGUUCAAGUGGGUCCUUCGAGAGUUGCCCCUCCAACGCCGAAUUCUGAAGCACCAAGCCAAACAGUCAUUCCAGCUGGUAGCACUCCAUCAGCUGGCGAAUCUCAGUCAAGCACAACAUCUCCCGCAUCUUCAUCCCCGAGCCCUGGCACACCGCCAUCCACAUCACCUCCACUGCCAGCAUGCCAGCCCAGAGAGAAGCGCCACUCACUCUCCGCCCUCAACCCGCCAGCUUCAAGCAAUGGAAGCAAUCCUCAGGCUCCCCAUCGGCAUUCGAUGGAGGUGCUGAACACAGGCACUGAGGUCACAUCACAGCCCAGCUCACCGCCCCAGGGGCAGGCAGCCUCCCCAAGCAGGAUUCCCACAGCAUUGUCGAAGCCGGCCCCUGUGACAUCUCAAGGGUCAUCAGGUGAGCCGUCGUCUGCACGGGUGGUGCGUCGACACAGUGGACGCAAGGAACGAGAUACGUCUUCUCUAAAUCCGCCAGGAAUACCUUUGCCACCGCCGGAACAGCCAGCCACCCUGCUGGCACCUUUGACUCAGCAGCAGCCAUUGCAGCCAGCACAACAUGCCACUAUUGCAUCCUUUUAUGUGGCCCUGUACAGCUACAAACCACAAAAAGAAGAUGAGCUGGAACUACGCAAGAAUGAGCUUUACUCAGUGACAGAGAAGUGCCAGGAUGGCUGGUUCAAAGGCACCUCACUGCGCACGGGCCUCUCGGGAGUUUUUCCCGGAAACUACGUUCAGCCAGCCAAGUCAUCGAGUGGUGGCUUUUCGUCGGCACUGCUUCCCCUACCACAACAGCAGCCACAACAGCAGCAGCAGCAGAUGGGAACACGAAUUCCUGCCCCCAGCUCACCUCGCCCGCGGUUGUGUGCACCGCAGCAGGUACCUAUGGUUCCUGGUGGACCACCUCCCUUUCUCGGUGGGCAGGGCUCCAGCCCCCUGCUUGCUGAGUGGGCCCUGGUGGCUCCCCCACAGAGGACUCCACUUACCACGACCCCAAGUCCCUUGGGACACAAACCACCGGUGAGCCAUGGCCCUGUGGCCCUGCAGGUGCAGCAGCUGGGCGUGGCUAAGGCAGUGGCUGUCACCACAGGGAGCCCUGCUUCUUCCCAGGCUUCCUCGGGGAGCACUGGCCCCACUGGCGGCCAUUGGUUGCUCGCGUGGCCUCCCUCCUCGGUUUCUUCUUACGGGUCAGGCAGCGGUGCCUCCCCGUGGGUGCCUGCUUGUGCCACGCCCACUCGCAACCCCGCUGUUGCCGUCACGACCUCUGUGGGCGCUGGCAGUGGCAGCACCCAGGCCAGCAGUACUGGUGGGGUGGCCACACCCAAUACGCCCGGCUGCUCCAGCUCAUCUGCCACCGCCGCCUCCUCCGGUGCCCUGGCUCCAUCUGCUUCAGCGAUGCGCCUGGAAAAGCAGAAGGAGCGCAAGGAGAAGGAGAAGAUAAGCCUGAUGAAGCGACUCACAGCCAAGCGCAGAUCGCGCUCACCUCCUCCACCCAAUUUUUCCUGUGACAACCCGAGUUUCGUGGACAGCUCAGCAGCAUCGGGCCAGCCCUCUCUGCAGCCACCCAGUGCUGUGCCUGUCGUGCACAUCAGAUCUGGCUCGUGUCCGAGUGAGGUUUUAGGCAACCAGCAGGCACUGCACAAGAAGACCAGCUCCCUGGAUGGAACCGACAGCCUCAAGGCGAGGCCCAAGCAGCCUGCUCCUCUUGUCAGGGAAAGGUUUCGCUGCAUCGUGCCUUACCCUCCGAACAGCGAGUAUGAGCUGGAGCUCAAGCAGGGAGACGUCGUGUACGUGCACAAGAAGCGGGAGGAUGGCUGGUUCAAAGGCACCCUGCAGAGGACGGGAAAGACUGGACUCUUCCCUGGCAGCUUUGUUGAGAGCUUCUGAGACACCCCACCUGCACCUCAUCUGUUCAUCUACCUGCAAUCUCACUUCCUAGGCACACACAUCAAGGACCUUGAUUCUGGUACAGGCGGCAGGGCAGUCGCUGACAAAUCUUCUGGUGUCUUCCGGUGGUUUUGCAGUACCGAGUUGGGAUAGUUGGCACAUCACUUUGUGGGAAGACAGCACAACCGCUGGUCAUAACACAGAGUCAGCAGCACAAGGGCUGACUGAUUAUAUUUUGUUUGGGAAGGAUGGAGAGCACUGUGUCAGAGAUCUGCACGACACUAAAUGUGCGACUGCAAUAGUUUCUGGGCCCAUCCAGUGAGUCUCUCAUAGCACCCAGUGCGGUUUUAAGGUUUUCAGACUGACAGCGGACUGACUCUUCACUGUCUGGAUCAGUGGUUCUCAAAUCGACCUGGAGCACUUUUUUUCCCUCUUCAGACUGGAAAAUUUGUAUUCCGCCAGUUAAUCUGGAAUAAGUUUCACUGGUCAAUCUGGAUAAUCUCUCUAUGCGGUGAAGCACCCUUGCUUGCUUUACUAUCAGGGCAAUUAGCUGGCAGUUCAAAGGUACAUCAUUUCCACCUGACGAGGGAUGAGUCCAUAUGGUUUUAGUGCUUUGUGUAAGCAUUGAGAUGCAACUCUGUGCUUUCUUUUUGCUUGAUGAGUGCAUCGCUUGCCAAUGCAGUGCUCAGUUAGUAUACCAUAUAAAAAAGAAAGUGAUUUGAUGUGAGUGCAUGUACCAUAUUUACUCGAAUCUGACGCGCACUUUCUUUCUUUAGAUAAAACAGGUCCAAAAAUUGCGUGCGCGUUAAAAUCGAGUACGAGCCUAAAUCUGCAUUACCAUAUAGCCGUCGGCAUUUAAAAAUGGCCCCCUCGCACGCGCUUUGAGCCUAGCUACACUGUAGCCUAGCUGCCAUAGCUUCCUCCAUGUGCUGCAGUACACGUGCUUAUGCAUUAGCCUACCGUCUGUCUUCCCGUUUUGUGCGUCUUCUCUAUCGGCAUGAAGUGCCGAGUUCAUAAUGAUGCCGCAUUUAAAAGGAAAGUGAUCAAGUGUGCUGAGACGGACGGAAAUCGGGCCGUAUCACGCGCGUUCGGAGAAUCCGAAACUUGCGUGCAGGACUGGCGCGAACGGAAGGAGAGGAUUUUUGCCAGCAAAUUAGCAACGCGGAAGGGUUGCAGUGCACUGAAGCAGGACGUAUUCUGCAACGAUCCACUUCGGUGAUACGAUCGCCUUGGCCCUGUCUUGAAAGCAAUCUGCGACGGGGAAAGUCCGCCGCGCGCUGUGUUUUCGCCGCUUGAAGGUCGCGUUGAAGCGAGAGGCAUGCUAGCACGAAGGUCAAUUCGCUCGCCGCGCUUUCGUCAUUCCAGCGUUUUGACACCGAGUUUCCGCGGUCAACGAGUGAGAUGUGUUCAUGUUUGCUUGUGCGCGCGUGACACCGUGCUUGUUCAUUUAUUUAGUAAGCGAAUGUUUGCAAGUUUAUACGGCCGAUAAAACUGCUAUUCUUACUUCGUAUAAGAAUCUACUAAUUUGCUAUUGCAAUCGAUGCUUAACCUUUCAGCCGAAACUGCGACUUUUCUUAUUCAUCGCAAUUUUAGUGCAUCGGGAGUAAAUCUCUGUUUUUCCAAAUGAAAGAAAGUUGGAUUUCUGUAUGAAAGCAUGAGGUGCGCGGUACUGUAAAGGACUUUUUUGGGGGGGGCGGGGGGUCACGGAAAGCGGAUGCGUGUUACAAUCGAGUGCGCAUUAGAUCCGAGUAAAUAUGGUAUUCUUUUUUUCUACUGCUGAGUGAUGUUCACGCCACCCCGGUCGUGUUUCAUGGUAUCUCAGAGAUUGCGGAGUGAUCAGUACAGAAGGGCCUAACAUACAGGGCCUAACAGAAGAUGCAUGGCACAAUCCAUAUUAUCCGUGGUUCAGCCAGUGCCCGCCAGGCAGCGACUGUGCUCGAUCUCGUGGCCAAUAACAAUGUCGCAUCUGACUUGAGAAUGCGUUCACUUUAUCCAAUAUUCGUUAUAAGCAUACAUUUAUUACACGCUCAUAUCGAUGUUAAAACAUAACUUUACAUUGUUAUAUCUAUGUUUGCUGUAUUGAGGUUGGACUGUAUUGCAAGUAAAGCAGAUGACAGAAGUAUUGGCACAGAAACCACCCUGGUGUUUUAAUAAUCGCAAACACAUAGACAAAAUGGCAAUUGGUGUUUCCGGAACAGGCUGCACAUGGUACCUUCCACGACAGACCAGUGCAGAGUAGUUUGUUUUCCUCUGGCACAUUCAGAUUUGUGAAAUCCAAAGGCUUGCUUUAGGAUUUAGUGGACUAUUCCAAAUUAACUAGUGGAAUUCAACGUGUGACUUGUGCAUACCCAUAAGCCUGUAAGAGUGCCCAGAGAAGCAAGUCUGGGAAGACCACUCCAUAGAUACACCUUUUGGUAGGCAUCUCAAGUCCUUCAAAUUGUCUGUGAAAGUACAGGAUUCUGUCUGUCCCAAAGUCUUGUGGAUGUAGGCUCUGAUAUCCCGGAGAGCUCCACCGACAGAGUAUAUUGCAAUCACCACCACAGUUCUAUAUGUCUUGCUCUAUGUAUCUUCUAAUGUCAUUAGGUUCAGGCAAACAGCACUGUCUCUUGGAGCCUCAUAAACAAUACCACGUGUGAUCAGCUGAGCCCGUGAGAAAUAGCUGCAAGUUAGAGAACAGUUGGUCUGGAGGUUCGGAGUGCUAUAGGUGCUAUGAGAGACCCAUCGUACGGCCAAGUGUUGCAGCUGCUUAUUGGGUGCCUUGGAAGUCCUUUGACGCAAAGUGAUAUGCAUUUUGGAGGCAAGUCAUCGAACAAAAAGCAUCUGUUUGAGGUUUUUAGAGUGGGUGUUUCUUUCCUUCCUUCCUCCAAAAUGCUUACUUUGUGUUCUUGGAAGUUAAAAUGUUUCUGAACGUAGUGUUGAUGUUGUUCAUUUUAUCGUUUGCCUCGUGGUUUUGCUGUCUUCCUAAUAUUCCGGUGUUUCUUCCAGUUGUUUGCUGCCCCCCUCCGACACCUCACCCGCCAUCUCUGUUUCUUUAGCAUGUUGAGGUCACAAAAUGUCAAAUAAUUUCCAAAAAGAAUGGUCUCUUGUUAUGUGAGUUGGUACGUGCUUGUGAAUGAACGGGGAAUCAGCGAACAGAUGCUUACACAGCGGAAAAAAGUGGACGGGAAGAAGUCCAGCACUCAUUCAGUUCACUUCUUUUGUGUGAGUUUCUGUUCGCUUUUUUCCUUUUCAUUCCAAUAACAGUGUUUUGUGUAGUCAUGCCUACAAAGCUCUCAUAUUUCUUGCUCACUCAUUUUUGCUUUACCAAAUGAGCAAUGUUGCAUGUUCCUAUAUUUCGUUGCGUUUUGGGUAUCAGCUUUAUGUGCCUGCAGUUCACAGACACACUUGCUGUGUGACAUUAUCAGUGCAGUGAUAGUAAAUCAACAGUUUCUUGUCUGAGUCAUUGCCAUGGCUACCAAGUGCAGUAUCUCACUCAGCGGUGCCAUGGUUGUUGUAAGCAUAAAAGUAAAUAUUAGUUCUACCAUCACUGAGGCACGAUAAGCACGCGACAGUCCCAAAUAUAAUCUUAUGAUGAAUAUAGAGCAACAUUUUGUCAACUCAAGCAGAGAGAGAGGAUGAAAAAUUAUGACUAGGUCACUGUACAGCAGGUAUAGUAGGCAAUGAAUUACGUCAUAAAGGAACAAGGCCAUCUGUGGGAAGUGCUAGUUGAAAAAAAUUGGAGAAAGAUUUAGUCAUUCUUAUGCUAUCUCCUGAAUCAAGGCUGUAUAUCUGGCAGUGCAUGCUUUAUUUUUAAGUUGCUCCUUUCCAACACACAAUCUCCAUAUGUUUGCUGCGUGCAUUUGCCACCUGGAGAUGAAAGGCGAUCAUUUACACAAGAAGCACACGUCCCAAAGCUGUGCAUAAGCAGGCGACAACCCAGUAAAUGCAGCUUUCAUUUGAGUUGUCUGGCUGUGGUAACCAUAUUGAAUGUGCUCAUUUGAGAACUUUCUAGUUUGAUUUUGAGUGUUUUGAAAUGUGUUUACGGUGAAACGUUCUUGCAAGCUCAAAUGACCCAAAAGUCAAGAUUACAAGACUCAGUAGCCGGUAUUGUGUUGUGCUUGAAUGACAUGGCUCAAACGAAUGUUACCAUAUGUAUUUAGUUAAAGAAACGCUUUGAUAUUCAACAUCUUAAGGAUUCUCCCAAGCAUAAAUCCUGUGUGACUAAUGAUGGCACUGGUUGUCACUCAUAUGAAGACAAAAUACAAGCCAUGCAUGUCAGUACUUGACAGUUGCAUGGAACAACUGCCUUGUACAACUUAAACACAAAACACACAGUGGCUUCUACAGGUAUCUGCCGAUUUGAAAAGUGUGUGUGCUGCAAUUAGGUUUGAAAAUGGCAUUGCAAGAAUGCUAGCUUUACAAUGGCUGAUAAACAGAAUGUAGAAGUCAACUAUCCUUUACAGCUCACUUUUAACCAACAACAGGAUCCGCAGCUGCACUCUUUUCCAUAAGUAAAAUGAGAAUGCCAUCACUGGCUGUGUAGAUGCUGUGGUGUGGGUACUGAAGCAAAGUCCUGCGGGCCAGCCGACUUCCAGAAUUUUUCAAUUCGUUCAUAGAAAAACCUUUUGUUGAGAGCUCGUACAUUGACUGCUUAUCAGUGACAUAAAUUUUCUUGACAUGUGUGACCCAUGCUGAAGCAGCCAGCACUACUAUCAAGUGAAUGUAGUGGUGCCCCCCGAUUACCCUCUCAACGCGUGAUGCCGUAUUGCAUUUAAUGCAUAAUUUAAGCACAGUUUGUGCUCUCUGUUGUAUUCUUCCAUGUGGAAUGCGAAGAUGAGAGCAAUAAGGAGCUUGAAAAACAGAGUGCGAGUCUUUUUUUUUUUCCUCGUAGAAGGACUUCAGGGUUAUGCUGAAAAGAAAAAAAAGAUGUUUCUGUAACAUAGAACCUUCCCUGUACAUAGUGGUCACAAUAUUGACGAAUCUUGGGGUGUUUUAACUGCACCUCCUUCGAAGAUGCACCUGACAUUGCCCUUUUACUUAGCACACAUACACACACAUAUGGAGACCAAAUGCUGGUGCUUGUAAAUGCGUACUGUGUAAAUAACCUUUCAGAAAUCUUGGUGUUUGAAUGACCCAGUAGAGCACCAGAGAAACGGUAGUUUUAUUUUGCUUUUACUUGCUGUAUUUAUUGUUUCCUUACUUCAAGCGUUGACUGCCACGCUUAUUUCCAGUGUUGGGUACUAUUACCGCUCAGUCCUGGACUGUCAUGUUUGUUUGCAUUUGUUUGCAGUGAUGUUUACCAUGGAGUCUUGAAUCUUGAGAUGCCUCGUACUCAUUUUAAGGUGCAUGUUUAGUUGUCACUAAUGUUCAGUGCCUUGUUCUGUUCAUCACUGUGUUAUAGAAAUUUUAUGAAAAUGCCUUGCUGUAUGUACCACAAUGUCUGUUAGGGGCAUAUUUUGGUGCCUCAUUUGUUCUUUUCUGGCAGAGACAUUCUUAGAAUUGCCUGGAGGGAAAAGUGGUGCUGUAGCGUGCACGAGAGUGACAAAUUCGAGGACUUCAGAAUGUCAUCUUUCUCGGAGAGUCGGGACAUUUUGUAGACAAGGAUGGUGACCAAUGUUGCAUCUGUCAUGAUAGUUCAGUUCCCUACUAAAGCAGUGUGUGAGGUGCUGGUUUUGUUGCAUGACUGUAGGCAAUUUAUUAUUAAAAAAACAGUGGUUCCCACCAUUGAGCAUGUCAUGCGUUAAGCAGAACGUCAAGAAAUGCAAGAAUUGUGCAGGGAAGACAAACAUCAGGGGUUGCGAGGAAGUUGAGCAUCUCCACAGCAGUGACAUGAAAUGCCGACACUACCAUCUUUCUGUUGACAAAUUGAAGGAACGACGAGAACGUCUUUACUGAAUGCAGUGCAGUGUCAAUCAUGUGUGUCUGUUACCUUCAUUUCUUAAUUAUAUGUGGGCAAGCAAUGAGUAGCAUUAUAUUUCUGAAAAACUAAGACUUGUUAAUUUUGUUGUUAAUCCUAAGGAAGCUUUUAUUUGCACUGGCAUGAUUAUGCUUCAAGACAAGCUGAACAUUCUAUAUCCUGGCAUUCCUGUCUCUUGUAUGGAUAGUAGCACCACAUUUCCCUCUAGGUAGUGUUAUAAAAUCCUCUAUAGUUUCUGGCAUUGGUAUCUUUGCUGGUGAAGGCACAAUAGUAGAAUGCUGGAGUCUGCAGUUAAGCUUCUUCUCCUUUUCAUAAUUUUUUGCAGCCACAUUUACACUGCCUCCUUUUUUGUUUUAGGAUGCUGAGUGCAUAUGAGAGAUUGUUUUGUUUGAGUGCAAAAGGGCACAAUUAUUGAAGUAUCCUAGAUACUGUCAGGCUGAGAGUCGGAUGCUGGUUCAUGUGCAUUUUUCUUUUAAAAGGCAUGCCACUUGGGUUAUUGGUAUAACAUCAAAACUUUUUGGACAAACCCAACAUAUACCAUUGCUAGUUGGACCAAAGCCUGCAUAUUCCUUUUUUUUUUUUUUUUCUCCUUUCGUUUCUAAAGGGGGUUGGUAGUGUAGAACAGUUAGAACAGCCGGCUCUGAAGUGUGCAAAUUGAAAUCAAAACUAGUGGACCAUGAGCGUGUAAUGAAACUUCAAUCCCAUAAAGAGCUGUGCCAGUGACAAAAGGUAGUUUCAUUAUUUUGGCAAGGUCUUGAUGGUACGCAUUUGUUAAGUAUUCGUUGAAUGUGGAUUUUACAUUUUAGCUUCAUACAGUUUGAAAGUAAAGGGGAAUGUUUUAAGAAAGUUUUGGAUAUGGAAACAGCAUUACAGGAGUCCAAGUGAUUGAUCCAAAGAAACAACACCUAAAAGAAUUAGCUUGUGUUCACAGGACACUUGCAGCUAAAUAUUGUGUCUGGUCACUCCACUUCUGUUGCACAUUAAAAGGCAUAUUUUACCAAGGUUAGUGACACACUUUUCAUAUUUGAUAGAUAAGGGAGAUAUGCUGUUUGUAAAAUCCAAUGUGCUUGUUGGAGAAUUUUUUUAUGCAUGUGUGCAUAGAUAUAACCAAGUGCAAUGCCUAUGUUGCAUCUUGCAGUGAACAAGUUUCCACAAGUCAUUCUGCUUGCUGUAUUUGUUAUCUUUCUUGCAGCACUUUUGUUGUUUGGCAAAUAAUUUAUUCUUUUUUUUUUUUUUUUGCCCCAUGCUUUGUUGGCUUCUUAUAAUAUGGACAUUUGUUUGAGCAUUACCCAUGUACUCCUGUCUUUACACCACUAAGCCAUGUGAGCGAGAUCUAGUUGUAAUAUAUUUAAUGCUGUUUACAAGGAAAACUAAUAUAAUAUUCUCAUUUUGCCUUGUUGGCAUUCAUACUUUGGCAAGCUAGUAAUGUACAGAUUGCGCAUUGCCAAACUUUAAAAAUGACGCGCAUACACACACACACACACACACACAAUGCGAGCGGCAGCUGAUGCACGAAGGUGCCAAAUGAAACAUCGCAUCAGCACAUUUCAUGUCACACUUUUGCAUUCCAUAAUUGUCGUCUCUCCUUUACCUUGUGGAUACAAGGGCUCAAAAGUUCUUCCCACUUUUUUUUUUUUUUCUUUACCCCUCCCCAGUGUCAAGCACUGUUAGCUGUAAAUCCCAUUCUUACACUCAGGCACACAAACUCCUUGAAAAAGCCGAGUGCAUGCCGUUUUACGAGUCACAGGUAUGGUUGUGAUCACACUGGCAACGCCAUGUCGUGCACCCAUCUCGGCAGGUGUUCACUGGACAGCUGCUGGAAUGUUUUACAUUCACAAUGUUAAAAUAAAAUUGUUGCCAUGUACA